ACGACCUACUGACUUUUUCUUCAUCUCUUGGAUCAUGAUGUGGAAGAUAAUACAUCUGGGUGCUUUUCUCUUUCAUCUGUCUCUUUCUCUCUCACCAAACGUGCAGUAUGUUCUGCUGAUUCCUUCUGUUCUACAAGAAGGCUCUUUGGAUAAAGCUUGUGCCCAGCUUUUUAAUCUCACCGAAUCUGUUGUUUUGACGGUCUCCCUCAACUAUGGUGAGGUCCAGACCAAAAUGUUUGAAGAAAAUGUUACUGGAGAAAAUUUCUUCAAAUGCAUCAGCUUUGAGGUCCCUCAGGCCAGACCUGACCCACUGGCGUUUAUUACAUUUUCUGCUAAAGGAGCCACUCUCAACCUGGAAGAGAGGAGAUCUGUGGCAAUCAGAUCCAGAGAGAACGUGGUCUUCGUACAAACUGAUAAACCCAUCUACAAACCUGGACAGAAAGUGAUGUUUCGAGUUGUGUCUCUGGAUGAUCAUUUGAAACCAGUUGAUGAAAUGUAUCCACUGAUCACCCUUCAGGAUCCAGAAGGCAACCGAAUACAACAGUGGGUGAAUGAGGAGUCUGUGGGAGGAAUUCUACAACUUUCCUUCCAGUUAAUCUCAGAGCCCAUCCUCGGAUGGUAUAGAAUCACCGUGGAGAUGCUCAAUGAGAAGAAAACAUAUCACUCCUUCUCUGUGGAAGAAUAUGUGUUACCCAAAUUUCAAAUGACUGUGGAUGCACCAGAAAAUAUCUUAGUAGUGGACUCUGAAUUCAAAGUGAAUGUCUGUGCCUUAUAUACCUAUGGUGAACCUGUGAACGGGAAGGUCCAGCUUAGUGUGUGCAGAGAAUCUACUGCUUAUCAUUCAUGUAGUCGUCUUAUCAGUUCACUCUGUAAAAAUUUUACCAUUCAGCUGGGGAAAGAUGGCUGUGUCUCCAAGUUUAUUAACACAGAAGCUUUUGAGUUAAAUCGGGAAGGAUACUGGAGUUUCCUCGAAGUGCAUGCUCUUGUUACGGAAGAUGAAACAGGUGUACAGCUUACAGGCUCCAAGUACAUAUACAUAGACUCAUCAGUGGUGAAGAUUAGUUUUGAGAAUAUGGAUGUGUCCUACAAACAGGGACUCCCUUAUUUUGGUCAGAUUAAAUUGCUUAAUUCAGACAACUCUCCAAUCCCAAAUGAAGUUGUCCAGUUGCAUCUGAAGGACAAAGUUGUGGGCAACUACACCACAGAUGUAAACGGCAUCGCUCAGUUUUUCUUGGACACAUCUACGUUUACAUACCCAAAUAUCACCUUGAAAGCAGCCUACAAGGCCAAUGAAAAUUGUGAGGCUCAUGGCUGGGUAUUGCCUCAAUACCCUCAGCCUGAGUACUUUGCAUACCGAUUUUACUCCAAGACUAACAGCUUCCUAAAGAUUGUCCAAGAGAUGGAAGAACUGAGAUGCAACCAGCAGAAGAGGGUGCUAGUGCACUACAUUCUCAAUAUGGAAGACUUUGAAGACAAAACCUACACAGCAAACUUCAAUUAUUUGGUGAUUUCAAAAGGUGUAAUCGUUCUUCAUGGGCAACAGAAAAUUGAGAUCAAUGAAAAUGGGAGGAAGGGCAUAUUUUCCAUUUCUAUAGACGUUAGCCCUGAGUUAGCGCCCUCAGUAGAUAUGCUUGUCUAUAGCUUGCAUCCUGGAGGAGAAAUGGUCACUGACAGCACCCAGUUCCAAAUUGAGAAAUGCUUCAAACAUCAGGUCAACUUAAAUUUUUCUAAAGAAAAAGGUUUACCAGGAUCCAAUGUCAAUCUUCAAGUCUCGGCGGCUUCAAACUCUCUUUGUGCUCUGUGGGCUGUAGACCAGAGUGUAUUGCUGCUAAGGAGUUAUGGUCAGCUGUCAGCACAAAGUGUGUAUAGUCAGCUAUAUUCCAGGGAACUACAUGGCUAUUAUUUCAGAGGACUUAACUUAGAAGAUGGCCUUAAAGUGCCAUGUCUUAAAGAUGAACAUAUCCUUUACAAUGGAAUUUAUUACACACCUGCAUGGGCUGACUUUGGAAAAGAUGCCUAUGACCUUCUGAAGGCAAUGGGAUUAAAGAUUUUUACCAACUCUCACCUCCGGAAACCAGUAUUGUGCAAGGACUCUAACCAUCUUGACUAUACUGAUUACAUAUCCUUAGAGGGUUAUACAGGUUCGGACCUCAAGAGUAAAUUUCAUGGUGAAACUCUGAGAAAAUCAUUUCCUGAAACUUGGGUUUGGAAUCUUAUUACAACUGACUCCUCAGGUGCAGCCAACCUUAGACUUACUGUUCCAGAUACAAUUACACAAUGGAAGGCCAGUGGAUUCUGCAUGAAUGACAAAGCUGGAUUUGGCCUCUCCCCAACUGUCUCCAUGACAGCUUUUCAGCCCUUCUUUGUGGAUCUCACUCUGCCCUAUUCGGUGGUUCGAGGAGAAGCAUUCACUCUGAAGGCCAAUGUCUUCAACUAUCUGAAAAGCUGUAUUCAGGUUAAUACUGUACUGAAAGCAUCUAGUAUUUACCAAGCCAGACUUCUCUCAACUGAACAUGAAGAUAUUUGUAUAUGUGGCAAUGAGAAAAAAUCCUUUACUUGGCUGGUUACCCCUCAAACACUGGGUACAGUCAACCUCACUGUCACUGCUGAAACCCUGCAAAAUAGUGGCUGUGGGAAUGGGUCAUCUACAGCUCCAGACAUUGGCUGGAGGGAUACACUGAUCAAACCCUUGCUGGUAGAGCCUGAAGGUAUUGAAAAGGAGAUGACACAGGGCUCACUUAUUUGUACAAAUGGAUCCACAGUAUCUCAACCAGUAGUGCUAACUUUACCAGAUAAUCUUGUAAAAGAUUCACCUAGAGCUUAUUGGUCUGUCCUUGGAGACAUUCUUGGUUCUGCCAUGCAGAACCUACAGAAUCUUCUUCACCUGCCUUUUGGUUGUGGAGAGCAGAAUAUGGCCCUAUUCACUCCCAAUAUUUACAUCUUGGACUAUCUGAGUCAGACUCAACAACUGACCGAAGAGAUCAAAUCCAAGGCUGUUGGAUACCUGACCACAGGUUAUCAGAGACAGCUGUCUUAUAAACACUUCGAUGGAUCGUAUAGUACCUUUGGACAUAAAGAUCAACAUGGACACACAUGGCUCACUGCAUUUGUUUACAAGUCAUUUGCACAGGCUAAACGUUACAUUUAUAUCGAUGACAAAGUUCAAUCCCAAACGCUUAUUUGGCUCUUAAAUAUUCAGAAACCAGAUGGCUGCUUCCUAAAUUUUGGCAAAGUCUUCAACAAUGCUUUGAAGGGAAAAGAAGAUAAUGAAAUCUCUCUAACUGCAUAUGUUAUUAGUGCUCUGCUUGAAGCUGGCCACCCAGUCUCGUAUAUGGCUAUUCAAAAGGGUCUCCAGUGCUUAGAGACUGUAUCUAGGGAAAGAGCUAUGACUACUUAUGAGCAGGCUCUCCUAGCCUACACUUACAGUUUAGUAGGCUAUGAAGACAAAAGGGAAUUCUUCUUCAAUGAGCUGAACAAAAAAGCAAAAAGAGUAGGUGGCUCCGUGUACUGGGAACUGGAAGAGAGGUUUUCUAUGGAAGGAUCAUCAUCUUUCUACUACCCUCAGGCUUCCUCCGCAGAUAUAGAGAUGACCUGUUAUGGGCUACUGGCUCUUCUUUUCAAGCCAUGGCUGACUUCAGAAGAACUGUCCUAUGCAUCUCAGAUUGUACAUUGGGUGGCAAAGCAGCAAAAUUCCCGUGGAGGUUUCUUCUCCACAAAGGAUACCAUUGUGGCUCUCCAAGCUCUGACGCUAUUCCAGAGGCUCACUUUCUCUAAGAAUAGACAGAAUUCAGUGCAGAUUUUCUCUGACCAAGGAUUCAAUACAGCCUUCCAAGUGAAUGAUAAGAACCGUUUGUUGCUACAACAAAUUCCAUUGCCAACAACUAAGGGAAAGUAUACGGUGGAAGUGAAUGGCAAUGGCUGUGUUUAUGUGCAGUCAACUUUGAGAUAUAACAUCCUGCUCUCUAAGAAGUCAUCUGGAUUUUCCCUUUCUGUGAAUACAGCCAAUGCUUUCUGCAGAGGAUUAUUUGAUGCAAAAUUUGACCUUGUUGUUUCAGCCAGUUAUUAUGGAAAGCGCAACUCUUCCAACAUGGCAAUCAUUGAUGUGAAGAUGCUUUCAGGAUUUGUGCCAGAUAGAUCAUCAGUUAAGAAGCUUCAGGAAGAUGGCAAAGUACAACGAGUAGAAAUCAAAGCCACCCAUGUCUUUUUCUAUCUGGAGAAUGUUACUCAAAAAGAAAUUCAAUUCUCAUUCUCCAUCAAACAAGAUGCACUCGUAUCCAACAUCAAGCCAGCAUCUGUUCAGCUCUAUGAUUAUUAUGAAACCGAUGAAUUUGCACUUGCAGAAUACAGCACACCAUGUGGUCAGAUGUCCUUUGAAACCUCCUCAUUCUAGGAUAAGGAAAAUGAGAUGGAAAAGAAGAUACUUUGUAACUGAGAUGUCUAUCAAGUUUGUUCCUGGAAGCGUUAAGCCUGCACUUCCCAAAAGCUUCAACCAGCAGAGACCAGGGCCAGUAGACAAAUGCUCUCACCUCUGCUCUUAGUCAAGAACUGUGGGAGGCAUUCCAAAUGCUUCUCAUGAAGUCCUCCUGAAAUCCAUCUCCCAGAUUUUCAGGAAGCAGACUCCACAACAAAUCCUUAAAUUAGCCUUUGUCCUUUUUUGACACAGUCUCCCUGCUGUCUCACUCGUGUUUCCUGGGAUCCCCAGUGAAAUGAAUUAUCUGCAUCCAAGCCCUUACCUCAAAUUCUACUUUCAGGGCAACCCAAGCAGACAAAGCCUAUCCCAUCAAUCACUGAAUAACUAUAGAAAACACUUCAUUAGAUAAGGAGUAUUCUAACAUAUUGAUACUUUAGUUCUGGUAUGUGUUUCUGAAUAAUUUCUCUGGGAAGUGUGGAAAAGUAAGCUUUCAUGUUAUUUCAACGUAAAUAUGUUUAUUUUCCUUGGCAACUGUUGUUGAGUAAAACCUGACCAGAAUCCAUGUUUUUUGUUUGUUUGUUUGUUUGUUUUUUCAAAAAGAACCUAUGUAUUUUUAACUGCCAUUUUAAAACUGAAUUUUCUUUCUCCAGAUAAGCUUAGGAUGAAACAAACACCUCCCACCUCCUCCGUAACCCACUCACUUAGAGUAUCAUUUCUGAAGAUAUAUUUGUAAAGUUUUCUUGGCUAUAAAAUAUUAUAUACUUGAUUUAAUUAUAAGAUCAAAUAUUCAUUAGUAUGUUAUUAUUAAACACAUAUAUUUUAGAAAAUUAUUUUUAUACAUGCACCUAAAGCAUUAACUUGUAACUGUUAAAAGAAUAAAUUUAUGUUGUUUUGAGCCACAAAGUAUGAGAUAAUUUGUUACUGCAGCCAUAGAAAAUGAAUGCACUAUCUCAUAAAUAUCUCAAACAUAACGAACUUAAACAUUUCAAAUGUCAUUUGUCAUUCCUAACUGCUCCCCAAUGCAAUCAAUCUCACUUUAUACCUGGUCACCAGUCAUCUCAGUAAUGUUAUUCACAUCCACGCAGAUCUAUGGUGCAGGUGCAAGACCUGUGUAUUUUGUUUAUUUCUCCCUGGCUCACAGACUUUACAUCCAUCAGUAAUACCUAUCAUUUAUACCUCCAAAAUCUAUGUUCUAAAAGAGAGGUUUAAAAAUUUUUUUUUCAUUUGCUUAGAUCUCUUCUUCUAUAGCUUUCCAUGGUACAUCAGAUAACAAUGAAUGUUUUACCAUAGUGUACAAGGUAUUAAAUGAAAAUGCCCCUGCUUAUCUGUCAAAUAUUAUUUUAUUCCCCUUUCCCUCUUCAAUCACAGUGACUUCUUUCAGCUCUGGCUGUAUUCAAGUAUCCAAACCAUACAAUAUCUAGAACAGGCAAAACUAUGGAGGCAGUAAAAAGAUCAAUGGUUGCCAGGGGUUGUAGAGAGGGAAAGAUAAUUAGGUGAAACACAGGAAGUUUUUAGGGCGGUGAAACUAUGCUGUAUGGCACUAUAUAUAAUGUAUAUUGGAUACAUAUCAUUAUACAUUUGCCAAAACUCAUAGAAUGUACAACACCAAGAGCGAACCCUAAUGUGAACUGUGGUCUUCAGUGAUAAUGAUGUGUUAAGUAACUUCAUUGAUUGUUAACAAAUGGAUCACUCUGGUGCAGAAUAUUGAUAGUGAGGGAACCUGUCCAUAUGGGAACAGAGGGUGCACAUGAGAGCUCUCUCACUUUCUGCUCAAUUUUUCUAUGAAACUAAAACUACUCUGAAAAAAUAAAGUAUAUUUA